AUUCUGUACCUCAACUUACGUCACCUCUGAUCAAGUUACACCUCCAAUGAUAGAGCGAGUUUGAGAAGAAAUUGAUGGGAUGUGUGCAGGAUAACCAGCGGAAGCCACAUACAACAUAUUUAGUUUAAGGACGAGAAACGAAUCUAAAAGAUGAGCUUCAAAUCGAUUAUGCGUUACGCCAGAGCAAAUGAUUUGUAUGAAGAUGUGUCUGUGGGGAACAUUGCAGAAGAACACAGAAGGAAGACUGGCGAGGAUGCGGUGAUUGCAGUGGACGGAGUGGGAUGCGUGUGGUACCUGUACCGUAACUGCGAUUUUCGCUGUGGUGGGCAGUACAAGGAAUUCCGGGAGGCGUGCUGGAACUUUGUGGAGAAAUUCAGUAAAAAUGGCAUUAGACUCGUGUUCUUCUUCAAUGGACUACCACCUGAUGAGAAGAAGGAGAAAUGUCCAGACGUGUCAAAAAAUAAUGUGGAGAAAAUUAAGCAGAAUCUGCACGUGACUGGUAAUGCAUCUACUGGGUGGAAAUGCCUACCAGAGGGGCUGAUACCGUGUGCCAGGGUGAACUUCAGGGAUGUACCAUCAACUGAAGUGCGCCUCUGUGUGGAUGAUUAUUACCAGGAGACCGCUCAGUUCGCAGCUAGCUGCAAAAAUUGUCUCGGUGUGAUGUCAAAUACUGCAACUUUUCUGAUAUAUAAGGAUGCAAAAAACAUGUUCACAUUCGGCGGAUCCCAUCAGAUAGAUGGCGAAGUGAGGAUGAUGCGUUUUCGUUCGUCUGCCAUCGCCUCCCACCUUGGCAUCCAGCAACAAGACCUGCCUGCGCUUGUAACAUUCGCAGGAAGUGAUAACAUCAACUUGGAAGAGAGGCGACGAGUUCACGGGCGACUUAGCUCUCGUUACGGCCGAAGAGAACAUCUAGCCAGCGUUGUAGCGGAGCUGGUGAAGAACAACACGGUGGAGGAAAUGUGCCGCAUUGCGUUUGGUUCCAGGUGGCGAGAAUUCGUCGACACCGUGAAGGCAGACAUUGACCACUUCAGGUACAAGCGAAGGGCAACUGUAAUGGCCUCAGAUAAGUCUAGCUGGUCUGCUGUUCUCCAGCGCAUUACAGCAAAACACUUGUCUGGUGAGAUACCAGCAGCCGUACUCUCAGUUGCCAAGUGUCACACGUUGGACACUGGUCCUGCACUGGAAGAGCUCUUCCACGAUGAGUAUGAUGGAAUGGCGACAGGAGACGUGCUUAAAAGUAUGAGGAGCAGGAUGUACAGUGUACUGCUGUGGGAAAGUGGAGACGGUCCAUUUCAUGUCGAGGAGCUGGUGACCAGGAAGACGGAGGUGUACCGGGAGCAAGUGGAGGUCCAAAAGCACCUGCCACUCAAUGUGGAACACCCAGGCCUGCUGAAACUGUGGGCUGGAGAUGUGGACACGCGCUGGAGGCUAUUCAGCUGGAUAGUGGGGGCUCCUGACUCAGAGGGCUCUUUCCUCAGGUCGCUGGAGCCACAGUAUCUGGUCGUGCCAGCUGCCGCACUGUACUUUCUCCGCCACGAAGUCAAAGUCCUGAGGUGUCAGGAGGCUGAGAUCUUUGCCGUGGUCGCCAUCACUGUAGGCAAUUUCACACCAGAGGAACUGGCCCAAAAACACAUCCCCAUGCUGGAUACACGUGCCGCUUUCCUAGCGAGACUCUUUGUGCGUACCACCCUGCAAGUGCUGGAUGCGGCCAUUGUCUGUGGUCUGUCCUUCCCAACGGAGGCUGACUGCCAGCUGGAUGCCUACUUUGAUGGGAAGUUCUUCCACGAACUUUACCUCAAGGCUAAGAGUCAAUCGUUCUCAAGGGUGGGGACUCAUGCUCCCUGGGACCCUUCAUACCUCGACCCAAUUCACAAGUUGCUGAAUGUUGUAGAACACACCCAUAUUGCUCAUGAGUGAAUGGACAGUCACCAUGCAAUGUAUGACGUUAAUGCACUCCCGCCUACUGCUAAGGGGCAUUAUAUCUAUUUUGAAAAUGUCUGUAUCUGUUGUUGAACAAGAUGAAAAUUACUAUUUUAUUAGCUUCUUAACAGCCAAUCAUGAGUAACAUGGGGAGUGAGAAACACCAUCAUGUCGAAAGCGGCCGAAAUAUAUUAAAACGUUGGUUGGGAAAUACUAAUGCACCGCCGGCCGCGGUGGUCUCGCGGUUCUAGGCGCGCAGUCCAGAACCGUGCGACUGCUACAGUCGCAGGUUCGAAUCCUGCCUCGGGCAUGGAUGUGUGUGAUGUCCUUAGGUUAGUUAGGUUUAAGUAGUUCUAAGUUCUAGGGGACUAAUGACCACAGCAGUUGAGUCCCAUAGUGCUCAGAGCCAUUUUUUACUAAUGCACCAGAAUCCAGAAUAACAUAUGGUCAACAUUGAUCCGUGUCCAAGUACUCCACAGAUUCACUCAUGUAUAAAACUCCAACUUAUGACUAAUCAUGCCACUGUGAAAGAUACAAGGAAUAUUAAGAAGUUGUGUUAUUUUUUUCACUGAAAAAUUAUGUGCACUGCAUUUAAGUUUUUUAAUUAUUUCUAAGUUAUUUGCUGUAUAUAUCAAUGUGUUAUUGAAAUAUUUUGUAACUACAAAUUCACAUAUUCAGGUGAUAUCUAAUAUUACGUGAGUGGUAAUUAACAGGAAGAUAAAUGGUGAAAAACUGUUAUAAAACUAUUUAUGACAGAAUUAUUUGUACAGACUGGCAUAAGAACAUCGCAUGUUUAGAAUAAUUGACCGUCAAAAUUGA